CACACACCUCGCAUCUACGUCGCAAGGUGCUGUGUAAAGCCCGACUUAGUAGGCUGAGGGCUACGUUGCUACGAGGCGUUGCCGCGCAUAGACUGACAUCUUGCUUACCAUGACGUGGCUUUGGUGCUAGCUUACUUUUAGCUAUACCUGGCAAUAAAGAACUGCGCUUAAUAGCCCUGUUCCAAAAACCAUUUUGAAAGUUGCAACGGGGCCCUUGCCCCGUUGGCGGAACUCGUUUUGCGGCGGCUUCUUAAAGAUGUUUCUUCUACGUCGAGCGACGGGUCUUCUGAGGGUCUGCUGUGGAUCUGCAGCGCCAGCGUUUGCCACCUGCGGGGCGAUGCUAAGCGCCUGCAUUGCGGUGACGGGCUACGCUUUGCUCGCCUUCCUUUUCCUGACCCGGUACUAUCUGCCAGCUUCCCACUACUACGUGCGUCCUCUGCACUUUGACUACACUGGUUACGUGGCCGAAGCCGUCACGUCCCUUUCCCCCAACCUCCGAGAGCAAUCGCCCAUGGUCAGCAACAAGCCGCUUACCAGCACAGCGGUUGCGCUGCUUCCUAAGUCACGGUUCCUUCCAUCCGGAAGCCAGGUCUCCGUACACGUGCAGUUAGUCAUACCCAGUCAUCACCACGACUUGUUCCAGGUGACUGGCGAGCUGCUGAGCAACGGCUCCCACACCGCAGCACGUUCCGCACGGACCCACAUCAACACGCCACAACCGUAUGCCUACCGCAUGGCGAGGCAGCUCUUUUGGCUUCCCCUGCACGUGCUGGGCUUGGGCCACGGCAACUGGGCGCGUGUCGACCUGCCGCUCUUUGACGAGUACGAGGAGGUGGAGGACGCGCCCGUGGACACCUUCCGAGCGCGUCUGGCCAGCCGCAACUCCUCCAUGGGCGCCCUGCCGCCCCCGCCGGUGCACCAGGCGGAGGUGCAUGUGCGACUGAAGCUAGGCUGGUUCAAGUCGAUGCUGUUUUGGCUGCGACCCGGCUUGGCAACCAGCGUGCUGCUCCUCCUAGCCGGUUUGACCAUGUCCAUGGGCGGGACUACCGCCGCCCUGGGCCUCACCGUACUCGUGUGCAUGUUAAGACGUUGGGCAACCGCCGGCACCGGCAAGGGGUACGGCAAGGGAGACGGCGGCUAUGGCGACGCAUGGCCCAUUGCAGCGGCGCAGCAACAGCGGCGGAAGCAUACGCACAAUGGCGGGCCGCCGUACGGCAAUCGCGAUGAUGCCUUGUCCUACAGCCUUGCAAAUGCUGCCUACUUUCGCGGCGGCGGAAAUGGCAAUGGUGCGGCGGCGGAUGAGGAUAGUCAGCCGUAUUAUCACCAUCCACACGGCGAAGCGCAUCGGCAGGGCAGUGGCUUCUCCCAGACGCAUCCCGUCGACUCUACCUUGGUUGGGGACGAAGAGUCCACCUUCGCACACGACGCCGUACCUCGUCGUCUAACUCAUGAAGGCUCGCCCGCAUGGUCGGGUAGCACCGAGAGCAACGCCUACACGCCUGUCGGCGGCGCUGCCGGCGGCUACCCUGGCGGCAAGGGCUCUUUCUCCCGUCAGAGCACCGGCACUGCGGCGGCGGCCUCUUCCGGGCGUGCUGCCGCCGUGAACGGUGAGACGCCACAGCCUGCUGCGACGGCAGCAAAGGCACCCUCAGCAGAGGACGAGCUAGACGUCGACGUCCCCGCCAGUGCGAAGCGUCGUGAUGACGUCAACGCUUCUGAGGAAGGCGGUUGGGAGAGGCAUGAGCACCGUUCCGUCGAGGAGGGGCAUGAGGAAGAGGGCGGGGAGGAUGACAUCGAGGGCAGCGAUGCGGGCGCAUCGGAGGAGGGACAUGGAGGUGAGGAGGACGAGGAGGCUGAGGGUGAUUAUACCGAGGAUGAAGGGCCGGCGGGAGAGCAGGAGGCUCGCGGCCAUCGUGACGCCGGCAAGGCAGCGGCGCUGGCGGCAGAAGGGGCGGCAGAGGGGCAGAGGGGCGACCUUGACCCGCAGGCGGACAAUGAGGGGCCCGGAGGGGCAGUCAGGCGGCGGUCGGCGUUUGCAUGGCAGGCGUGAGCUUGAGGGAGAGGGAGUGACCGCAGGAGUAUGACCGCAGGAGCCUCCUAAAGGCCGUGCGGGAUGUCUGACCGAGAUGCAGAUGUUUAUUUAGGCCUCAUACUUGAGAUUUGAUCUGGGUCAGUCCUGAUGGCAAGUUCUGGGAGCGGGGCAAGGAACUAAAGCUGUGGGCAGCGAGAGUUGAGCGCCGGCAGCGGAUGGAGCAGGAUGAAUGUGUACUAGUAGCAGCAGAUGGCAUCGUUUUGGAGGGGAGCUGUACGAAUGUCCCUUGUACUCCACUUCCAUACGGUUGCGAUUUCGCUUUUCUGCCCCAUUGGGAAGCAUCUUCGCCGCCAACAUUGUGCUAGGGAAGGUCAUUGCCAAGGGGCCAUGACUUUUCAUUUACUUUUUGUACCUUACUUGUAAAGUUACCCCAAUAACACCAUGUUUUUUGGUAAGGCGUGUGGAGCUAGACAGGAGCCCCUUGUCAUCUACCGGUAGUCGAGAGUAUUCUCUUUUGAUUUUGGCCGUUAUAACCCCUUCUGUACCAUCAUAAGGGUAUGUAGUGGCAAGUGCGGGGCGAAAGGGUGUGCCAUGUAGCAGGAUAUCGUUGUCAAUAGGCCAAUCAAGACACAUUGGGUUUUGCAACUUUGCUGUGGCGAGUCUAAGGUGGGCGCCGUGCCUUGUUGUAACAUUUGAAUAGGGGAGAGGAAAAACAAGGAAGCUGCGAUUGGCCGUAUAUCUGGGGCUACUCUAUGAAAGCAGUUUGCGGGCGUUGCUAAGCAAGGGUAGAAGUGUGCUGAACCCUCAUGCCAACCAUCCAUCAAUCUGCUGGAGGCUGGUCAUGUGGCAAUGGACCCAGUCUAGCUGGCACGGGCUGUGGAAUACCACGCUUGGGUUGACAAGCACGUCAACACGGCUUUACGGCUAGCUUGAGGGAGAGCCCGGACAGUCACCCAGGUAACCGAGUCGCCAGUAUUUUUGCAAGUCCGCGUCCCUCUUGGAGAGUGGUUACGCGUUGGGAUUCUGCCCAAACCUACAUUUAUCAUGUUUAGCGGUCUUUGUAGAAGGCGUAAGGACGUAGAUUGCCACUCCCCUACCAGUCGACCUGAACUACCUGUGGCUUCAGCAGGCGCAGCGGCCGCGCCCGUGGCCGCAGAACCUGUAAUACCACCAACUACAGCUGUAAAUGGCGACGUGAAUUGGGGCGAAGAUGUGCAGUUGUUUGAUCUGCGGCGUGGUGGUUCGCUUCCUAAUGGAGUAUGCAUGUAUAUACAGUCUGGUGACACAAGCGACUUCGAUGGCUAUCUCAUUGCCUCAGCGGGACAUGUCAUCCAAAAGGAAACCCGACAAUUCGAAUACGUGGUCGCGGUUCCGGAGCGGCGAGCCUGGCGUGACAAGGAGGAGCCCGACACCACCAAGCACGACCCCAGCUACUCGGAGGAGGUGCUGGCCACAUCGGGGCAGCUGCUGCGGCACCUCUGCCCCACAGCGCUGCUGGUCAGGGGUCCACUCAAUCAGCGCAACCUCAUUCCCUGGCGCAUGAUGUUCAAUGAGCCGGAGAAGUACGGGCCUCUCAUACGGGAGCUGCCGCAAGUGGAUCCCAAAUGGACGUCCGUGGAUGAGCUAGCGGAGCGCAUCCGGAGUCCCGAGCUGCAGUCGGUUGUGAUCGACAUGAACGGCUCCAUGGGCUACCUGGACCGGCUGGUGGCGCUGCUGGGGCCGGAGGGGGAGCAGCUGCUGGGGGCCAAGCUGAAGGCUGCGGGGCUGCCGCUGAUCGUGAUGGCGGGGGUGCAGGCGGAGGUGCAGACGCAGACGCUGCCGCUGCCCGGGAGAGACCCACGGGCCACCAAGAACGCCAUCUACUACCCGGACGCCGUGCGCGUGCUGCUGCGCCUGGCCGCCGCGCACUCCAUCCCGCUGCUGUUCGUGACCAACAACGUGUGCAACAAGGUGCUGCGCUUCCAGGAUGCGGAGGAGGUGGCGCAGCGGCUGGGGCUGGCGGGGCUGCUGCGGCGGGUCAGCGACACCUGGUUCAGCAUGCCACACCUGCAGGGUAAGUGCGUGCCGUUCGACUGGGUUGCCUUCUGCGCCAUGCUGCUGUACGGCCGGCAGGGCGACUCGCCGGCCAUGCAGCUAGCGCGGCAGGAGCUGUGGGUGGGCGAGCAGGACCCCGCGGUGCUGGUGUUGCGGGACCCCGGCCAGCCUUCCAGCGACAUCGUGACCGCCAACCUGGCCGGCACGGCGCACUGGGGCAGCGUGGAGAGCGUCACGGACGUGGACCUGGAGGCCAUGCUGCGGCUAGCCAAGCACGCGGCCGCACAUGCAGCAGCGUAGCAGGGCUGAGGAGGAAGGCGGGGUCGUGAGGGCGUGGGAGGGCUGUGCAGGGCAGCGACCGGGUGGUGAGGUAGCCUGUGUGGGGGUGUGUAUGAGGCAUGUAAGGGGUCCGGAAACCUGCAUGCUGGCGUGGGAAUGAAUGGUUGCAUGUGCAUGUUGGGUGUUUAAUGGGGACAUGGCGGAAGUGUAUUAUAGAGGCGGGCAUGGCGAGUGGUUUAAAUGGAGGAUGCGGAUGGAUGAUCUUGGAGCAAAACACAGCUGCAAGAGUGGGAAUUUAAGAUGGCGACUGGGCCCCCCCUACACAGCAGGUUUUCCUGUGUGUGUGUUGCUUUUCCCUAUGCUUUGCAUAUGUGCUGUUGCUUCCUUUGACAACACUGUGUGCUGGUAACAUAAUCCAAUGUGUGAGCUGGCGUGAGGGGACUAACCAUUUUGCUAUGGCAGCGGCGUUUAUGCAGUGUGUCCUUUAGUCUGCUGCCCGUAUCAGGCUUUGCUGACUCUGACGUCCUGUACCUUCAGACAGAACGGUAACACCGUAAAGUAAGAGGUUAGAGCUGGAAAGAUCUGUGACAUGAACAAACUACCUUGUUAACGUGGUGAAAUGGAAUAGAGGGUUGCAUCUUGCAUGUUGUUAAUACAUUGGCCGCCUUGCAUGUUCGUUGCGCCAACUGUCGUGCUUUGACGUGUCAUGGCGCUCAACUAGAUGUCUAGAUCAGGAUCAUCAGGACGGUCUAGCUGAUACCCGUGUGGUUGAGACUUGCUACGACCCCGUGCUUUUGCCACCUUGUUAGCGCCAACGCCCCCCCUUCUCGCAAGGUUUUCCCUGCGGCGUCUACGAGCCAGAACUUACAGCUGGUUUAUAAGAGGCCGAGUAAUGAUGACGCAC